AUGGUGAACCCAACAGACAUCUUCGCCGCUUUGGCGGGUACAUAUACGCUCCUCAACACGAGCUCCACACUCAACGGCACCGCGGUCCCCGACCUCGCCUAUGGCGAAGCCCCCAUCGGCCUAAUAACCUACACAGCAGCAGGCUACAUGUCGGCAACCCUCGCAGCCACCGAGCCGGACCUCCGCCCGGCCAACCUAACCUUCCCAUUCCAAGCCUCAGACCCAGACUCCCUCUGGGCGCUCGUAGGCAAGCAUUCGCUCGCGUACGCGGGGCCCUUUCGCGUCAGCGACGCUAUACCUGCCAACGAGACGCAUGGACAGAUUUUCCAUGGUCCGCUCGUUGUCGCCAAUGUGCCGGCUUGGGUUGGGAGCAGCCAGCGGAGGAAUUACUCGGUCAUUGAUGAGGGUGGGGAGAGGUAUUUGAGGAUUGAGAGUCGGAGGGAUGCUGGGAAUGAGGGGGUGCUUUGGUGGAGGAAGGUUGCUUGA